UUAAUAUUAUAAUUCUUCAACUUAUAAACACUUAACAUUUGUUACUCUCAGUCACAGUUUUUAGACGAAUGGUAACAUUCAUUAACGAAAUUGAAAUUGAAAGUUUAUUUCACAAGAUGUUUAGUUAAAUAUAUUUUUAUGAUUCAUCUUUAGUUAAAUGGUUUAAUUACUAAAAACUCAAUGCUAUAAAAUUAGGCAAAGCCGGAGAAUUCUUAUGCCUAGUGGACAUGGCUACUUUUUAUCUCCAAAAGUUAUUCACAAAGUCUAACCCAAUUAAUUAGGGAGGGUAAUAGCAUAGAGAAUAUCAUUGGGUUGUCUUCUCAAAACUCUUCAUAAAAUACAGAUUCUUGAUAUUUUUAAAAGUGUAAUGAAUUUAUUUUCGAAAAAGUUAAUAUAUAUACACUGUUGAAUACUUAUAUGUAAAGGAACACCCGUAAAUAUUGAAUUCUUCAAACGAAAUGCCGUUUUUUGUUUGCAGAAACGAUAAAAAUGUUGUUUAUCGAUCUAUAGAAUUUUUUGUUUGAUUACCAACUAAAUUAAUACACUAUUUCUUAACGAUUAGUUCUUGGCCACACUAUUUACACUAAUUAGAGUUAGCCCUUUCUUAUGGUAAGGAACAAAGUGACAACUCACUUUCAUUAUAUUUUUUGCAAGGAAGCAUAUGAUUUAUCUUUUAUCAUAGAAACUAAAAUUAAAUUAAAUCAGUAGUCAGCUAGUGAACGAAUCAUUGUAUAGUUAGAAGAAACCUACAAAUUUCACUAUCUUGUUCCAUGAAUCGGACUCACAUGGAGGUCAUUCAAAAGCGUGGAAUUAACUUUAAGAAAAGCAUUAAAGUUUAAAUUUUUAAUGAAUAUAUAUAACAUAGUUUAACCUGUUGGUACUGAAAUCAAUACAAAACUUAAUCGUAUAGAAUAAGAACGACUACUGGGUUAUUUAAUUUGCAUCCUUGCAUAAAUCCAUGUGUAUACAUAACAUAAAUAUAAUGUGACACCAUGGAAACCUCUGAAACCAAAUUAGAGAAAGAGUAAUAAAGAGCCAUUAUUUAUGCAAAGGGCAUUUUAAGAAAAUUUCAACUUUUAACAAACAAAUAAAAAACUUUAAAACUAGGGCUGAGGUCACAAAGGAUUAUUGUUUUUAUGAUGAGAAGUUAAAGAAAGAAUCUUGAAGGUCAAAUUAUUAAUGAAACCUGUUCAACAUGACAGACAUUGUCUGCAAGAAUCUUUCUCCCUCUUUCAUUGAUACAGAUCACAGUUUAAUCAACGAAACAGAACAAAGUACACACCUGCGGCUUACGUAAUCAUAAUUUAUUAUUAUCUAAUUGAUCAAUAUUUUAAAAAUACUAAUUUGCAAGUUUGAACGAGGCAAAAGAAUCUCAACAAGAGAUCACCAACUACAUUAUUAAGAGAGACUAAUCAUAACAUCUCAGCUCUUAAAAACCACAACUUCAACUUCAACUUCAUUUUUUUUUCGCAGAAGAAAAACAGAAAAAAUAAAGAUCAUUCUUACUUCUUUUUUUUUUUUACUACAGGUAAAAAACAGUAGAGAGAUCUUAUUGGAUGGUAUAAAUCGUGGUCCACUUUGUUCUUGUGAAAGAUUCUGCACGCCCACAUGGUGAGAUUAAAAUAGAGUGAUAUAACCCUUCAUCACCUACUUGUGUCCAGAAAGAAAGAAAGAAAGAGAGAUAAAAAAGAAGUGGUGAUGAUAGUAUCAUCUAUUUGAGCAAAAGAAUUUUUCACAGCUUUUUAAUUUUUUUUGGUUUUUCCUCAGAAUCUUUUCAUCAUUUAUGUGUGUGUUGUGUACGAAUAAACAGAGACCAAACAACCUCUUUCUAACUGAAAACAGAGCUAACUAAAUCUUUAGUUUUCUGUCAGUUUAGUGUUUGAAACUCACCCAAAGUCAACUUCUCCCUUUAUUUCCUGAAAUCUCUGUACUUUCUCAAUGAAUCUUGAUAAACUGUAAACAGGUUAUAUAGAGACAUAGGAACGGAACCAUAAGGAGACCUCAAAGAAGCUUGUUCUUGUAGGUUCAUGUAGGACAAGUCUUUGAGAAAGUUGAGAAGUUUUGAUAAGCUUCUGGUGGAUUCAAGACUGAGUUGAAGAAAAGAAAGAAAAGAAAGAAAGAAAGAAAGAAAGAAGAGAUUCUUUUUAUAUGGAAGGUAGUGGUGGUGGUGGUUUCUUACCCAAUCCUAGCUUUGGUGCAUUCCCUGAGACGGCUAUGGAUAUGGACUUCAUGGAAGAACUCUUCUUUGAUGGAUGUUGGCUUGAGACAACAGAUGGUAAGAGCUUGAAGCAGACAACUGGACAACAAGCUCCUAGCUCUACAAACAUGAAUGACAACAACAACAACAACAACUCUUUUCUUUAUGGCUAUCAAUUUUCUGAGAACCCUUCUCAGGAUCAUAUCUCCAACGGAGACACAGGGAGAAAGUUUCCUCCAGGUUUUCUCAAGAUGGAAGAUCUCACCAAUCAGCCGAUGACUCAAGUCCCUUUUGACCAGUCUGCAGCUACGAGUUCAUCACAGGCUGAGAAGUUUCUCCUUGAAGAAACCGAGAGAGGUAGAAGAUAUUGGAUUGCUCCAAGAACAAGCCAAGGCCCUUCAUCAUCUGUGAAAGAUAGACUAUUUCAAGCUAUAAAUGGUCUUAAGGUGCAGGACAAAGACUUCCUCAUACAGAUAUGGUUGCCAAUUCAACAGGAGGGAAAGAACUUCCUCACCACUUUGGAGCAGCCACACUUCUUCAACCCAAAAUACAAAAGCCUUAAAAGAUACAGAGAUGUCUCAGUGUCUUAUAACUUCUUGGCUGAUGAGGACUCCAAGGAGUCUGUAGGUCUCCCUGGCCGUGUGUUCCUUGGGAAGUUACCUGAGUGGACACCUGAUGUAAGGUUCUUCAGGAGUGAAGAGUAUCCACGCAUCAAAGAAGCGCAGAGAUGUGAUGUCCGUGGCUCAUUAGCCCUUCCUGUGUUUGAAAGUGGUAGUGGGAUUUGUUUGGGUGUUGUUGAGAUUGUUACAACUACUCAGAAGAUGAAUUACAGACCAGAACUUGAGAAUAUCUGUAAAGCUCUCGAGGCUGUUAAUCUAAGAAGUUCAGCCAACAUGAAGUCUCCAAGCAGUGAGUUUCUGCAAGUCUAUAAACAGUUCUACUGUGCUGUAAUACCUGAGGUAUCAGUCUUUUUGACAUCAGUCUGCAGAUCAUAUGAUCUGCCUCUAGCUUUAACGUGGGCACCGUGUGCUAGGCAAGGCAGAGGUGGAUCCAGACAUUCUGAUGAGAACUUCUCAGAGUGUGUUUCAACUCUAGACUCUGCAUGCUUUGUCCUCGACCAACAAAGUCAUAACUUCCAAGAGGCAUGCUCUGAACACCACCUCCUUCAAGGGGAAGGCAUUGUGGGAAAAGCAUUCAAAGCGACCAAACUUUUCUUUGUCCCUGAAGUAACUACUUUCAGCAAGACAAACUACCCUCUUGCACACCAUGCCAAGAUCUCUGGCCUACAUGCCGCUUUGGCAGUCCCUUUGAAAAACAAAUUCAAUGGUUCGGUUGAGUUUGUGUUGGAGUUUUUCUUUCCUAAAAAUUGCCUUGACACCGAAGCGCAACAAGAGAUGCUCAAGUCACUGUCUGUGACGCUGCAGAAUGAUUUCAGGAGCUUGAAUCUUGUCAUUGACAAAGAGAUGGAGCUUGAAGUGGUGUUUCCGGUAAGAGAGGAGCUGCUAUUCUCAGGGAAUGCAGAGACGGGAGAGAGUCUGAAACCUUUGCCUUUGGAAGAGAUAUCUCAUGAAGAUUCUUCAUGGAUCUCUCAUAUGAUAAAUGCUAAUGAGAAGGGUAAAGGAGUGUCCCUUUCGUGGGAGUACCAGAAAGAAGAGCCAAAAGAAGAGUUCAUGCUGACAUCUGGAUGGGACAACAACAACAAUCAGAUUGGUAGCUUUCUUUCAGAUGCUGAGCAGUUUCAGAAGGCUUCAAACUCAGGAGGACUUAGACUUGACAUUGAUCCGAGUUUUGAUUCAGCUUCCUUUGGUGUUGGACAAACACUGUUAGGAAGUAGAAGACCCGGUGAAAAGAGAAGAACAAAGACAGAAAAGACAAUUGGUUUAGAAGUUCUUAGACAGUACUUUGCAGGAAGCCUCAAAGAUGCAGCCAAGAGCAUUGGUGUUUGUCCAACCACCUUGAAAAGAAUAUGCAGGCAACAUGGGAUAACAAGAUGGCCUUCAAGGAAGAUCAAGAAAGUGGGGCACUCGUUAAAGAAACUCCAGCUUGUUAUAGACUCUGUUCAAGGUGUUCAAGGCUCUAUCCAACUUGACUCAUUCUACACAAGUUUCCCUGAACUAAGCUCUCCCAAUAAUGUAUCUAGUACUGGUACUGGCACUUCCUUCAAGAACAAUGAUCAGCCAAGUCAUUUGAAUCCUCAAACCGAGAACGGUGUUUCACCUGCUGUGGCUCCAACCUCAUCACCACCAUCAUCUUCUUGUAGCCACAGCUCUGGUUCAAGCACAUGCUGCUCAACUGGAGCUAAUCAAAGCACCAAUACUGCAAACACCUCAAACACUAUAUCCACCCGGAUGGCUGAAAAUGCAGGCGCAAUCUUGAAGAGAGCUCGUAGCGAGGUAAGACUCCGUACCGUGAACCAGGAGGAAACAAAGUCCCUCUCUAGAACACUUAGCCACAGAGCAUUCAGUGAGCAUCCUCUUUUGAGUAAUCUACCUCGUAGCAAGAGCUUGAAAGCUGUAGGAGGAGCAUCUAAAGUGAAAGCCACGUUCGGUGAGGCCAAAGUACGGUUUACUUUUCUCCCAACUUGGGGAUUCAGAGAGUUGCAACAUGAGAUUGCUAGGCGUUUUAACAUAGAUAACAAUAUUAUUGCAACCUUUGAUCUUAAAUACUUGGAUGAUGAUAAAGAAUGGGUUCUUCUGACGUGUGAAGCGGAUCUUGAGGAAUGUAUCGAUAUUUAUAGAUCAUCACACAGCCGCACGAUCAAGAUUAGCGUUCAUGAAGCUUCUCAAGCCAAGCUGGGAGGCUCUUUUGGUAGUACCGGUCCUGUUCCUUUGCUAUAAGCAUUCAGGUAAGAACACAUGGAGGCUCUUUCUACUAAUUUAAUAGUGUGUUAGAAACAAAAUAUUACUCACCAUUUUACAGACUUGGGGCAUCGUUUGUAACAAUAUUGUCAAUGCCAUUUUGUAGAAGUGUACUGGUUUUAUGCAUCGGCUUAGCAGAUUUUUUGUAUAAUAAGGCGAUUGCAUACCAGAAACAUGCUUAUUAUGUAAUUUAUAUUUCUGUACAUCAUUUGUCAUCUGGAUUCUACUAAGCUUUGCAAGUAUGUCGUAUUGAAAUAUUUCUAUA